GAUUGCAACUGCUUAUGCUACCCAAUUUAACUUGUGUCACAUUAUUUUCCUCCAAUGCAGAUGGAUGUGCCAACAGGAAAGACACGAGCCAAAAGUGCAGUGUGGGACUACUACAGCCAGUCAGGUGGUGUAGGUAAAGCAGUUUGCAAUGCAUGCAAAGUCUCGGUCAGCACUGGCGCUACAGUGGCUAAAACGGCCAAUACAUCUAAUCUAUGGUCCCAUCUCAGAAGUCACCAUAAAGAAUUAUAUGAAGCGGCAAAGAAGGAGCAGCGCGAAAUGGAAUCUCAGAAAGCACCAUCACACCAGCCUACAGUGGCAGACCUGUUUCAGCGACAAAAACAGUGGGCCAAUUCAGAUGAGAAGUCUAAGCAAAUAGAUAAACUUAUUGCAGAAAUGAUAAUUACUGACAACCAGCCAUUUUCCGUUGUCUCUGAUGUUGGUUUUCAGCGCCUUGUGGCUGCUCUUAAUCCAAGAUAUGCACUUAAAAGCGAGAAGUUUUACCGCACUGAAAAGAUACCUGCAAUCCAUGCAAAGGUUGUGCAAAAGAUAAAAACCCUUAUCCAACCAGAGAAUGCUGGGUUCCCAUUGGCGUUUACCACAGACUGCUGGUCUGGAACAACAGAGUCCCUAAUGAGCCUGACAUGGCACUUCAUUACCAAUGAGUGGGAGAGGAAGCAAGUUGUUUUGGACACGACGGUCAUGGAAGGAUCCCAUACAGGGCAGUACAUCAAGGAUAAAUUCCUUGAAAUGAUUGAGGAAUGGCACAUUGACAAAGAGCGCAUAGCCCUUGUCCUUCGUGACAGUGGUGCCAAUAUGAUGAAAGGCAUGAGGCUUGCUGAAGUGCCAGACCUCAGCUGCACUGCUCACCAGUUGCAGCUUGUUGUAAAUGAUGGCCUGUCCUGUCAGAGAGCAGUGAUUGACACAAUUGCUACAGUGAAGCAUUGUGUCACACAUUUUCAUCAUUCUGUCCUGGCCAAGGACCGUUUGAAAACAAUUCAGCAAGAACUUGGCCUUCCAUUUAAGGCAUGA